UUCUGUUUCAAUUGGACGUGAUUUGUGAAGGUAAACAUGCUUAAUCAGAUUCAGCUUUUAAAUUCAGCAACUCUUAAACAGAAAGUUAUCAGCCAAAUAACUUUAUUUUGAAACAGCAAUACUUAGGCCUUGAUGCAGCAAAGUAUUUAAGCAUAUGUUUAGGACUAUGCCUACUUCCUUUUGUGGAUUUGCUUACAUUUCUGUAAGAUUUUAUAAAAUAUAUUUUUCUAAACAAACAUGCCAGGACUCAGGGGUUUAGGUUAGAGAUCAGUGAAGGGAGGCUUCCUUGAAAAUUUCAGCUCUGUGCUGAUAAAAAAGGAAAUAGGCAGUUUUUAUUCUGCAGGGGAAGAUUAUAUACAUGCACAUUUACCAUAACCUGGUAAAGAUGCAGGGUACUUUAGAAACAAAGAAGGAGAUGUGGUUGGAGAAACAGGUGUGAUCUUGCUUCCAAAAUGCUUAUAGUUAGAACUGAGGCCAGACCCAUAAUAUAUUCAGAAUGAAAAACCACAGUAAAUUGAGGAAGAAAGUUUCAAAAAAAAAAACCCUCAAACCAACCCAAACAGCUUUCACUGUUUUGAAGUUGUAGAAAAAUUUGAAUACUGGUAUGAGACAUGAGGAUAAUUUCAGACUUGAAGCAACAUGGAAAAGUCAUGAAAAGAAAACAGAAGAGGAGCAAUAUCUUGCUUAAGAUGGAGAUCUGCUAAAGCUGCUCCAAGGCCAAGGGCAGUACAACCAGUACAAGGGAAGUGUUGCUUUUUCAAAUGGACAUCAGCUCUUGCGGUAUGGCCCAGAUAUCCAGCAACAAUGGAUUUAAACAGCGGUCAUCACCUUCUUUGGCAGCCACAAGGUCAAAAGAUGUGGACAAAGAAGAGGCCUUGCAGAUGGAAGCUGAGGCAUUAGCUAAGAUGCAGAAAGAGAGAGGUGUAGCUGGUAAUAAACAAACGUUUCAUUCUUUAAGCAGCACCAGACAAAAAGCACAGACUCAUAACAAACAGGACCAUGAUCUCAUGGUGUUUCCAGAGUCUGAUGCCAAGAGCAUGGAAGAUAAACUAAGUACCAUUGACAUAGAAAAGCUCAGUCAUGCUGAACUAGAGAAACUGCUGCUGGAUGACAGUUUUGAAUCUAGUAAAGUACCUACCUUACCCGUAAAUCCUAUUUUUAGCCCAUCUGUGUCUUCACAAUUUUAUCUUGGGCCUAUGGGUCAGAGAAGACAGUGGAUGCCUGGGAUACCAGCACCUGUGACAUGCACUUUACCUCCUCUUUACCCCUCAGCUUCUUACACAAAACAGACUGCUAUAUUUCAGAAUGGAUUCCAUCCAAGUAUGUCCUCCUAUCACUCUAGAGAACCUAUUUAUCUUGGUCUUCCAAGACAGUCGCAAUACAUUUCAUACCCGCUGGCAGCUACUACACCUUUCCAUCCACAAGGAGGAAGCCUACCUAUGUAUCCUCCAAUACUUACACCAGAAAUGGCAAAAGUAUUUGACAAAAUUGCAAGCACCUCAGAAUUUCUGAAAAAUGGGAAGUCGAGCACAGACUUGGAAAUGACCGCUAUAAAAUCUGCAGUUUCUACCCUACCAGCCACAGAAAGCUGCAGGGAUGUUAGUAAAUUUGAUUGGUUGGAUUUGGACCCCCUAAGUAAACCAAAAGUGGAUAGUGUGGAGACUUUGAAUAAGGCAGAGAAUGACGGAGAGAGUGCUUCAAGCAUGACUGCUGAAGAUCCUUGGGAUGCUGUGCUGUUAGAAGAAAAGUUGUUAGUAACAUGUCAUCUGGAAAGAAAAGUUAAUGGGAAAUCUUCUGGAGCAACAGUUACAAGGAGCCAGUCCUUAAACAUGCGAACAGCUCCACUUGCAAAGUCACAGGGCCAAACAUCACAGUUGCAGAAAGACAAUGGGACCACUGGCAUGCUGACAGAAAACGUGCUUCUCCAAGAAAUUGAAGGGCAGAAUCAAGAACUGUCAGCUUUUUCUCAAGCAGUUACAAAAUUGAGGACCAAGUUUCCUUAUGCUAAUCAGCAAACAAAUCCAGGCUUUGUGCUGAGUCCAGUCAUGCUGCAAAGAAAUAUAAGUGGGGAGAGUGCCAGUAUCAAGGUUUCUAUAGAAAUCGAAGAAUUCCAGCAACCAGUAACUUUUACGUGUGAUGUGAGUUCCCCUGUUGAGCUUAUAAUAAUGCAAGCACUUUGCUGGGUGCAUGAUGACUUGAAUGAAGUGGACAUUGGCAGCUAUAUCCUGAAAGUCUGUGGCCACGAAGAAGUUUUACAGAAUAAGCACUGCAUAGGCAGUCAUGAAUAUAUUCAGCACUGUCGGAAGUGGGAUACAGAAAUCAAACUGCAGCUGCUGACCCAUAGUGUAAUAUGCAGAGAUCUGGCACGAACAGAAGAUGAUGACAGAACACCCAUACAUCUAACCAAACACCUCUACAAAGCUGAAAAGCCUUUCAGAGAACCUGUUAUAAGGUCUUCUAUUGAAGAGCUUCUAGAAGUCUAUCACAAGCAAGUUAACAUAGCUCUUAAAAAUGAGAACCAGCAUAAAACAGUAGAUCACAUAAUUAAGACUGUCAGAAAAAUCUGUUCUACAUUGGAUUGUGUAGAGACUCCCGCAAUAACAGAAUCAGUAAAGAAGCUAAGGAGGGUCGUUAAUCUUCCAAGGACUAAAAAUGCUGAGGUGUCCUCACAAUGUGGCGACAACACUAGCACGAGCUCAUCUGGUUCACCGCAGCCUGAAAACCCUCUGAAAGUGAGUAUAGACCAGUUAACAAGAGCAGUUGAGGCCCUUCUGCGACUCCAUGUGAAUUCAUGUAGCAGUUCUGCAGUAAUUUCUCCAAAAGAUAGUAAGAGUACUAAGGAAGCAUGGACUGCCACAGAACAUCUCCAGUUCACAGUAUUUGCUGUUCAUGGAAUUUCUUCUGGUUGGGUAUCAAAUUAUGAAAAAUACUACUUGAUUUGUUCUCUGACCCAUAAUGGAAAAGAUCUGUUUAAACCCAUUCAGUCCAAGAAGGUUGGCACGUACAAGAACUUCUUCUACUUGAUUAAGUGGGAUGAACUAAUAAUUUUCCCAAUCCAGAUUUCACAGCUGCCUUUGGAAUCAGUCUUACGUCUGACUCUCUUCGGAAUCCUAAAUCAAAGUAGUGGGAAUUCUCCUGACUCAAAUAAACAGAGAAAGGGCCCAGAAAUUUUGGGUCAGGUUUCUCUACCUCUUUUUGAUUUUAGGCGGUUGUUAACUUGUGGAACAAAGCUCUUGCAACUCUGGACCUCAUCACAUCCACAUCAUGCGUCAGGGACGGCCAGUAAGAAAGGAAAUACAGAAAGAAUAGUAUUGCAGAUUGACUUCCCAUCCCAUGCUUUUGAUAUUGAAUAUAAAAUUCCUCAAGCUGCAAAGGCUACUGCGCAUCAUUCCAUAGAAACACUAGAAAAACCAUUAAGAGAACGUCUCCUGGCCAUUCUCUCCAAGGAUAACACCAUUGGGUUAUCAAAAGAAGAUAAAGAAUUUUUGUGGGAGAAAAGACAUUAUUGUCAUAAUCAUACUAAUAGCCUACCAAAAAUACUGGCUAGUGCCCCUCACUGGGACUGGGCGAGUCUUCCAGAAAUAUAUUCGUUACUUCAGCAGUGGCCUCCUUUAUCACCCUUAGCUGCACUGGAACUACUAGACUCAAAGUUUGCUGAUCAGGAAGUACGAAGCACAGCUGUGAAUUGGAUGGAGGCUUUAAGUGAUGAUGAGUUAACAGAUUUCCUCCCUCAAUUUGUGCAGGCAUUGAAGCAUGAAACCUACCUUGACAGUGCUCUUGUGAAAUUUCUUUUGGCUCGGGCGCUGGGAAGCAUUCGAAUAGCACAUUACCUGUAUUGGCUUCUUAAGGAUACACUGUAUGACACAAAGUUUGGUGUAAGGUAUGAGCAAAUUCUUGGAGCUUUUCUUUCCGUCUGUGGAAAAAGGCUGAGGGAAGAGCUGGAGAAGCAGACCAGACUAGUGCAGCUUCUUGGAACGGUAGCAGAGAAAGUAAAGCAAACAAGUGGAUCUGCUCGUCAGGCUGCCUUGCAAAAUGGUAUGGAACGUGUGCAGUUGUUUUUCUUGAAGAACAAAUGCCGUUUGCCUCUUAACCCCAGUCUUGUGGCAAAAGAGUUAAACAUUAAGGCAUGUUCUUUCUUCAGCUCCAAUGCAGUACCACUGAAAGUUGCACUGAUAAAUGCAGACCCUCUGGGAGAAGAAAUUAACGUGAUGUUUAAGGUUGGUGAAGAUCUGAGACAAGAUAUGUUGGCUUUACAAAUGAUUAAGAUUAUGGAUAAGAUUUGGCUGCAGGAGGGACUGGAUCUACGGAUGGUUAUCUUCAAGUGUCUCUCAACUGGAAAAGACCGAGGCAUGGUAGAGCUUGUUCCUGCUUCAGAUACACUUAGGAAAAUUCAAGUGGAAUAUGGAGUGACAGGUUCUUUUAAAGACAAGCCUCUGGCAGAAUGGUUGCGAAAGUAUAAUCCUACAGAGGAGGAAUAUGAAAAGGCUUCAGAAAACUUCAUUUACUCCUGUGCAGGAUGCUGUGUAGCUACUUACGUAUUGGGAAUUUGUGACCGCCACAAUGAUAACAUAAUGCUCCGAAACACAGGGCAUAUGUUUCACAUUGACUUUGGAAAAUUUUUGGGUCAUGCACAAAUGUUUGGUAGCUUUAAAAGGGAUCGAGCUCCUUUUGUGCUAACAUCGGAUAUGGCUUAUGUCAUUAAUGGUGGUGAAAAACCCACGAUUCGCUUUCAGUUGUUCGUGGAUCUCUGCUGUCAAGCUUACAAUUUGAUAAGAAAACAUGCAAGCCUCUUCCUUAACCUACUUUCAUUGAUGCUUUCUUCUGGGUUACCAGAACUAAGUGGAAUUCAGGACCUGAAGUAUGUCCAGGAUGCUCUCCAGCCCCAAACAACAGAUGCAGAAGCUACCAUUUUCUUUACAAGGUUGAUUGAAUCCAGUCUGGGAAGUGUUGCCACAAAAUUUAAUUUCUUCAUUCACAAUUUGGCUCAGCUGCGUUUCUCAGGUCUACCUUCUAAUGAUGAACCCAUUCUCUCAUUUUCUGCUAAAACGUACUCUCUUAAACAAGAUGGCCGAAUCAAACAAGUGUCUGUGUUUACAUACCAGAAGAGAUAUAACCCAGAUAAAUACUAUAUCUACGUAGUGAGAGUUUUGAGAGAAGGGCAAAUUGAGCCAUCGUUUGUCUUCCGAACAUUUGACGAGUUCCAGGAGCUCCACAACAAACUUGGCAUUCUCUUUCCUCUUUGGAAGUUACCAGGCUUUCCUAAUAAGAUGGUUUUGGGAAGAACACACAUAAAAGAUGUAGCAGCUAAAAGAAAAGUGGAGCUCAACAGCUACAUACAAAGUCUGAUGAACAGCUCUUCAGACGUGGCAGAAUGUGAUCUUGUUUAUACUUUUUUCCAUCCAUUACUUCGUGAUGAAAAAGUGGAAGGAAUAGAUGGAAUAGCCAGACCUACAGAUACAAGUCCAUCAAGUCCUACCUCAGGCAAAGUGGGAGGAGAAGUGAAGCUAUCCAUAUCAUAUAGAAAUAGCACUCUAUUUAUUAUGGUGAUGCACAUUAAAGACCUGGUUACAGAAGAUGGUGCAGAUCCAAAUCCCUAUGUAAAAACAUACUUACUUCCAGAUACGCACAAAACGUCCAAACGGAAAACCAAAAUCUCCCGGAAGACAAGAAAUCCAACUUUCAAUGAAAUGCUUGUGUACAGCGGAUAUAGCAUGGAGACUCUGAAACAGAGAGAACUUCAGUUAAGUGUGCUCAGUGCAGAAUCGUUACGUGAGAACUUUUUCUUGGGUGGAAUCACGCUCUCACUGAAGGACUUCAACUUGAGCAAGGAGACUGUUAACUGGUAUCGACUAACUGCUGUACCCUACCUGUGAACUCCUUCCUACACCUGAGUAAGACCAGAACAAUUGUAUUCACUUGUGCUUUGUGCAUCUUCCUACUUGAAGAUAACUUGUACAUCUUAAAAUAAGAGACUCUGCAUUUCAACAGAUAUGUUGGACCAAUGUUCAUGUAGCCUAAUUUGGAGGAUUUCUAGAAAACUUGGUUUAUGCUUACACGAUGUUAUCAAAGCAUCAUUAUAAAUGUUUGAGAUGUGGGUAAAGGAAGGAAGGGGUUUUUUAACAACCCAUGAAAGCAAGAGGAACAGUUUGACCAUGCUGGUUGGUUAAAACCAUAACUUAAUCAUUAGGCCUGUGGAUAUAGUGCAUUUUUGCUUUAAGUUUUUCUUACCUGUGUUGUGUCAUCCAUGGCAUGAUGCUGGACAACAUCAAAGAAAUGACACAUUUAGGAUUACAUUCCCACUACUAACUAGACAUCACAGAAGCAGCAAUGGGUGAAAUUUUGGUGGCUUCACACAUACCUGUAGAAAUGAAGGUCGAAGGGCUGGAAAAAUUCCUUAGCGUUGCAUUUAAUCCCAGAUUCAUGCUUCUCUAAGACUUACUGGAGUGAGUGCCAAUAAUGGAAGUUGUAAAUAAUGGUGCCUUAUAAUUCAAAUGCUUCUCUUUUACCUCAUCUCUGGUAUUUAAAUAUGUAUAGAUGUUAACUUUCAGCUCCUUAAAAAGGGGAAAUGUUCUCAUAUUUGAUACCUUGCAGGUCCUACUGGAAGUCUCUUCCUGACGUGUUACUUACAAAUAACAUCUUCAUAUCUAGUGCAACUUACAUGAUCUUUUUCCAACCCAUCUUCUACCCACCAUCUCCAAAACCAGAAUGCGAUGCCGUAGGAGUCAUGCCCAGCUCCUCAGUGUUCUGAAAUGUCUUAAUCCAAAGUAGCAUCUGUACCUCCUGGUAAAAGAAUGGCCUCUGGUUAAAAAGCACAACUGCUGGAUGAAUUGCAAGCCAGAAAUGAGUUGCAUUAACAACUUUAGGAGAGGAACUUGGUCACUUUUUUUAACAGCUUACAGCAACACUGUUUCUCACUCCUAGUAAGAAUUAAUUCCACUAAAAAUAGUUAAUUCUGAGAAAGAUUAGAUUUGAACUAUAUUGUGACAGUGGAGAACAAAUGUCACUUAAUAUCUUCUAUUAAUACCACUGGCUACUUAAUUAGGUGUUUCUGCACAACAGGUGUAGCUUUUUCAUUUACCUUCCUCUGUUUUAGGAUGAUCGUGUUCUGUCUAAACAAAGCUAUAAAGUUGCACGCUUCUCUUUAGUACUAAAUCUUGAAGCAAGACAGACUAUCACCACUGCCUAGGAGUGAAAUUUUAAAGUAAAAUAUGCAACUAUGAAUGAAGACACAAUACAGGGAAAGCCUUCUGUCUACCCAACACUAAAAACCUAUUUCAUAAUCUAAUUUUCCUUCCCCUGCUACUGACCAAUCUCCCUUCAAUACAGAAGAGAGAAGUAAACUUGAAUCUCCUGGUGCCUAAAAUAUUCACGGUCCAAGUUGGUAGGAAUUAUUACAAAUAAAAAGCUAAGAAUAUCUUGAAUGUUAGAAACUGGGUUGAUUUAAUGGGCGCUAACACAUCCCAGUUUUAUUAGGCAUCUUCUGCAUACUUUUCAUUUAGUAAUAUAGCCUGUAAAUAAUAAACUAUAUAACUAACUACAUAUAUUUCCUGCUCACUUGAUGCUUUUGAGACUUACUCCAUUCCAUCAUUAGAAUCACAAGUCACUUAAACACAGGAAAGUAGACUACUGUUUUUGUGAAACGUUCCAUUGUGAAAUAAAAUGAAAGCAAUAUGUACUGCCUUUUUUGCAGUUUGCUAUUAAAGCACAGUGUCUUACAGCACAAAAUACAAAUAAACUAAAAUCAUUUUAAAAAAUGAUUUGCAGUUUUAACAGGUGUCUGGACUCUGAAAAAAAAAAUGUAUAGUACUGUAUUAUUGUUAGCACUUGUCCUGACUUCUGAUAUCCUCUUCAUAGCUUAACUCAUUUUGUGCCUUUCCCUUCCUCUUCAAAAUAGUCACUGGCUGAAGCUUUUUAUGGUCAUGGAUUUUAUUUUGUCUGUGGGAUCUGGCCUUGGCCUCUCCUCACACGUAGAGGAACCGCACCGAGCUUGCACCUCUUUGCACUACUCUCAAUUAAGAAAAAAGUGAUUGUUGCAAUAAGACUUUAAUGUACUACAUAAAAAAAAAAAAUAAAUAAAGGAUGUAAAAGAAGAAAAUAUACCAGUACACUAAGUAGCUUGAAAACCUAGUUUUAACAGCUUUUUGUAUCUUGUUUAACGAAAAGAAAAAAAUCUUUUAUGCAGCCGGGCAUAUAACUGUGUCUAUGGACCUUGUUUUGGUAUUUCAGAGUAACAGCUUGCGCCAAGGCCUCUUCCUUUUCUCUGUUAACCUAGAACUUUGCACUGAAACUUUUAUUACUGCCUUUUUACGACCUUACGGCUCCCUGUCUCUGGACGCACGUGCGAGAUCUUUGAUAAAAACUUCUUUUCUCUAUUUUUUACAACUCGGGCUGUGUAGAGCUUCCCCCUCAGCUGCCUUAAGGCGCCGGCUCCGUCCCCGCCGCACUGUGACCGGCCGCGGCACGCAGCCAGAGCCACGGCUUCCUCCGGAGGGCUCUCAGAACCAAAUACUCUCAUUAAACGAGCUCCCUAAUAAAGAUGUACAAUACCGCCCUCCGUCGGGUUAAAUGUGACCCCGUAACUGUCCUGUAAGCACAUUAAACACUAUUCUGAGGAAAAAUAAA